GCUAACGUUACAUAUUUUAAGUAUUUCAGCUCAGAACCUCCAGUUGGCUCUAGUGGGGUUCUUAUGACUUAUAAGUUGCCUCAUUCAGUUGUGUAAUAUUUUGUAUUCUGGCAUUAUUUAUUAUAUUAUAAGCCUGGAGUCCAGCCUUCAACAGUUCACUUCAGUCUACUCCCAAAGUUUUCCCAAGAUGGCAUCCGCAUCGCUGCCGCGAAUGGUGUCAGCCGACGAUGUUUCCCAGGUGCUGAUGUACGCAGAUCUCAUCCCGCUGAUGGAGAAGACUCUUGCGGAUUUCUCGCGUGGAGACGGUACUGUGGUACAGCCCGUCAGGACUACCAUCCCCGUGGAACAGCAUCAGGGGUUUUUCCUGGUGAAACCUGGGUACCAUGUAUCCGGUGAGACCAUGGCGUGUAAACUGCUGACCCUGUACCCAAACAACACAGACCGCCCCUCCCACCAGGCCUGCAUCGUGCUGUUUGAUCCUACUAAUGGAUCUCCACUAGCAGUAAUGGACGGGGGGCAUAUCACUGACAUGAGGACAGCAGCAGCCUCUGCAGCAGCCACAAAGCAUCUUGCCAAAGAUUCCCCUCGCGUCCAUGCUAUACUGGGGACAGGUCACCAGGCGUACAGUCAUUUCCAUGCCCUGAACCAUCUCUACAAGUUUGACCAGGUGCGUGUAUGGGGACGAACUCCAGCAAAUGUACAGAAGUUUGCGGCAGAGACCGGAGCUACUCCAUGUUCCACUGUGGAGGAGGCUGUAAAGGAUGCUGAUAUCAUCACAACGGUCACCAUGUCAAGAACACCAGUCUUGAAGAAAGAAUGGAUCAAACCUGGUAUCCACAUUAAUGCUGUGGGCGCCUGUGUUCCUGACUGGCAGGAGUUGGACCCAGAGCUGGUCCUCAGCUCGGUGGUGUAUGUAGACACUAAGGAGGCUGCACCAAAGGAGUCAGGAGACAUCAUUUUGUCUAAGGCUGAAGUGUAUGGUGAGGUGGGAGAGGUCAUCCUAGGAAAGAAGGAGGCCUUUAAAGACAAGACAACCAUCUUCAAGUCACUGGGUCAGUCUUGAUAUAAUGAUUGA